CGAGACCUUUGAUAUUAUUUACUUAUAACCAUGAAAAAUGGAACUGGCAGUCUCGUGGUGGUUCUGAUGAUGAUGCUAGCGAAUGCAACCGGAGCUUCUAUAGGGAAACGCAAAUUUUCCGAUCUCGGGGAGGUCGAAAUUCAAAGACGAUUGAAGCAACUCAACAGCAGGCCCGCUGUCAAAUCCAUCAAUAGUUCCAAUGGAGAUAUUUUCGACUGCGUAUAUAUAUACAAUCAACCGGCUUUCGAUCAUCCUUUGUUGAGGAACCAUACCAUCCAGAUGGAGCCGAGUUCCUACCCGAAAAGUCUUUCCAAAGGCAAAGAAGCUUCUAAAGAGGGGACGGCGGCUACGCGACUGUGGCCCAAGACUGGAAAAUGCCCCAAGAAUACGGUUCCCAUUAAAAGAACAACGAGAGAAGAUUUGUUAAUAGCAGAUUUAAUGAACAAACUUAAGGGAAACAUUCCGAUAAUAAAUGGCUCCAAAUACCCUACUGAUGGCCACGAGUAUGCGAUAGUGAACGCCAUGCAUGGGCAGUUCACUGGAGCCAGUGCCAGGAUAAAUUUAUGGAAACCCACUGUCCAAAUACGUAGGGAGUUCAGUUUGGCUCAGAUGUGGGUCAAGAGUGGCAACUCGGAUCCCAUCAGUUGCUUGGAAGUUGGUUGGCAGGUGUAUCCACAGGGUUAUGGGAAUGACAAUAACCCGAAACUAUUCGUUUACUACACCGGGGAUUCGUACAACAGUGGUUGCUACAACACUUACUGUCCGGGCUUUGUUUACGUCAACCAAGAGAUUCGCCUGGGCGAGACCCUAGAGCCCACUUCGACCUAUGGCGGAGUCCAGACGGACAUGUUCGUUCAGAUAUGGAAGGAUCUAAGAAACGGAAACUGGUGGGUGAGUGUGGGAGAGAGCAAUGUGGGGUACUGGCCGAGCUCCGUGGUCCCGGCGCUGUCAGACCAUGCGACCGUGGUCCAGUGGGGAGGCGAAAUCACGAACUUUAUGAGGACAAAACACACGACCACAGAGAUGGGGAGUGGUCACUUUCCCGAGGAAGGGUUCGGUCGGGCCGCGUUCUUCACGAACCUAUACGUGAUAGAUACGACGAGUGUGCCGAAAGAUCCUGAAAGUCUUCACCCUUACAUUACUGACCAUAAUUGCUACAACUUGAUUCCGGACCGAAGUGGCCCUUUGGGAACCUUCUUCUACUAUGGCGGUCCCGGUAGAAACCCUCGUUGCCCAUGAGACUGUUCUAUCUAUCCAUGUAUCUUGACGAUAUGAUAUUUUGAAUAAACAAAUUACAAUA